AUGGCUAAUAGUGAUUCCGAAAGUGAAACAACCGAUUCGGACAGUUCCUCAGAGUUGGACGUCGGCAGCAAACGAUUUAAUCCGCUAAAAGCGCUAUAUUCUGGCAAGCUGAAAGUGCCUGUGACAACUGCCCGGCUACACGAUAACGUUAGCGUACUGGAAUCCAAACAGACCAUAUUGGGCGGCUUCGCGGAACCGUUCGAUGAAAAUCGGCUUAAGCAAAUACGAGCUGCCACAAGUUUGAGCAAAUUAAAAGUGGCACCAAAAAACUUAUUACCACAAAGAAGAUUUCUACCAGAGCAAGGUCCAGUAAAGUAUGUGAAACCGACACGACACUCCAAAAACAUCUUUGUCCGGCUGGAGAAAGGGUUCGAAGGACCGUUGGCGUUAAUGCUAACUUGGAUGAAGGAACGGCGACGCGUCCGUGUGUACAUUCGUAAGCAGAAAGGGGUUCGUGGCCACAUUACGGGCGUGAUUGAACUGUUCGACAAACACUGGAAUAUGGCCAUUAGCGAUGUGUGCGAAACGUGGACCAGACGGAAAUAUCGUUACAGCGAGAACAACCAGCAUCCGGAAAGUAUGUCAGCCCCCACGGACUGUAGCGAGCGAUUGCGACGGCUCGGAAUUGUUCUUCCCAAAACAAAGGUACGCUCGGAAGGUAAAAAGAAUGUGAUAAUAACCCGCAGGCUACCGCAACUGCUGAUACAGGGAAUGCAGGUAGUGCUGGUUACACCCGAACCGUGCGAUCCUCAACCGAGUUCAUCGAAGGAUGUUAAAUAA